AAAACAAUCAAUAUCCAAUUUUAACUAUUUAUUAUGUUUUUACUUAAAAGAAAAGCUCCAACUCCUAUUGUACCUACGCCUGUUAUGCAACCACCACCACCACCAUUACAUAAAAGAAUUAGUUUAGUGAUUGAUAGAAAGGUUUUUAUUUUAAUUGCUGGAAGUGAUUUUUUGGAAAUUGAAUUGGAGACUGGAAAAAUUGUAAAGAAAGAACUAUAUGAACCUUCGCAGGAUGCUAAACCUUAUGAUAUUUUCGGAGUAGUAGGAUUUUUAGAAUUGCUAACAGGACGAUAUAUCAUAGUUAUUACAGAUAGAAAGAAUCUUGGUCAUGUUCAAGAUAAGAAUGUUUAUAUGAUUAAAAGAGUAGCAAUUUUACCUUUGGAUUAUGAAAGGGCUCUCAAAAUACUUGAAAAUCAUCCUUGGCCUGUUGAUGAUGAUGAUCAAGAGGAUGCUGAUACUCUUCAUGAAGAUGCUAAUUUAGAGGAAGAGGAAAGAUCACAUAAAAGAUAUAUUUCAAAUGAAAUAAUAGAGACAGAUGUAGCAGAAGCAGAAAAAGAGUUUCCGCAGAUACAAACAACAGUUUCAGCUUCAUCGACAUCUGUAUCAGUUUCGGUUACACCUCCAUCAUCGUCACCAGAUCCACUAUCUUUUAUAAACAAAAAACAACAAGUUACAGCUUUAUUAUCGAAAAUGAAAUUGGCAUUUUCUGAUUUAAAUAAAAAAAGAUCACCAUCGCCAUCUUCAAAUGGAUCAGAUUCUGAUUAUGAAGAUAGAGAAGGGGAAUUUACAUCUGUAAACACAAUUUUAAAUGAAAGUGUGGCUACAGGUAGUGGUAAUUUAAGUAGCAAUAAUAGUGAUAUGCUAAAAAGUCCAUCUGAUAAAUUGUCACCUUUCUCCACUGCUGCAAAAAGAGUUACUGAAGUUUUGGAUGGUUUCGCUAGUGAUUUUGGAGCUCCAAAAGUUAUUAACAUAAAGGAUCCUAUAGAAAAAAAUGUGAUGGAUUUAAGAAUUGCUAAAGAAAUUGCAUUAUUGUUUCGUUCUGAUGCAUUCUUUUUUUCAUAUGAACUUGAUAUCACGACAUCUUUACAAGAAAAAAAUGCAAAAGGAUUUCCUAAGAAAGAAUUACCUCUUUGGAAACAGGCAGAUAAGAGGUUUUGGUGGAAUGAACAUAUGCUUAAAGGAUUUAUUGAACUCGAGCUUCAUGCCUGGAUAUUGCCUAUAAUGCAAGGUUAUGUUCAAUGUGAACCGUGUCAAAUUGAUGAACAUGAUUUUGAUUUUAUAUUGAUUUCUAGAAGAAGUCGUGAAAGAGCGGGUUUACGAUAUCAGCGUAGAGGAAUCAAUGAAGAUGGUGCAGUAGCGAAUUUUGUUGAAACAGAACAAAUUCUUUCAAUUGAGAUUGAAGGAAUUAAUCAUGAUGUAUCAUUUUUGCAAAUUCGUGGUUCCAUUCCGUUGUUUUGGUCUCAAUCUCCUUAUGGCUUAAAGCCAAAACCUGUAUUAGAACGUUCUGUUAAUGAAAAUGCCCUAGCCUUUAAAAAACAUUUUGACAAUUUAAUUGAACUGUAUGGACAUAUUAGUUGUAUUAAUUUAACUGAACUAACUAAUCGAGAAGCCAUAGUUGGAUCAGCUUAUCGAGAAGCAGUUGAACGUUUAGGAGAUGAAAAAAAUAUUGAAUAUAUUGGAUUUGAUUUUCAUCAACAAUGUAAAGGAAUGAAAUAUGAAAAUAUUCUAAAACUUGUUGAGAUGCUCAAAACUAAUUUUAAUAAAAUGAGUUAUUAUUGGCAAGCUAAUAAAGUAACGGGUGAAAAAGAAGUUCAUUGCCAACAAACAGGAAUCUUUCGUACGAAUUGUAUGGACUGUUUGGAUAGGACAAAUGUUGUACAGAGUGCUCUUGCUAGAGAAGUUUUAAAUCUUCAAAUGCUUAGAUUAGGAAUAUCAGAACAUAUUGAUGGCGGAAUUUCUCAUUAUGAACAUUUUGAAAAUAUUUUCAAUGAUGUAUGGGCAAACAACGGAGAUUCUAUAAGUAGAGAAUACGCCGGAACUAGUGCACUGAAAGGAGAUUUUACAAGUACUAGAAAAAGAAAUUUACAAGGAGUUGUCAAUGAUGCAUCUAAUUCAUUAGCUCGAAUGUUCCAAAAUACAUUUAAAGAUUUCUUUAGACAAGCCACAAUUGAUUAUGUAUUAGGCAAUCGUUCAAUUGAAGUAUUUCAAGAACUUCAACAGAAAUUUGAAGCAUCACAACCUGGAGAUUCAGAGAGAUGGGCAAAAGUUAGAGCUACUGCAAUUGAAAUUAGUAGUUCAAUUGUCAUUAUUGAUAAUGAAGAAAAGAUUAAUGGUUGGACAUUUUUAUCACCUACUGAACCAAAUACACUACGAGGUAAAUCUUAUGAAGAAAAGGUAUUACUUUUGACUAAAAAGGCUCUCUAUGUUUGUACAUUUCAUUAUCGCCUGGAAAAAGUAAUGCAGUUUAAACGAAUCGGAUUAGGUGAAAUAACUUCAGUUGAAAAAGGAGAAUAUAUACUAUCAACAUUAUAUCCAUCAUGUGUAUCAGUUAAAGAUAAUUAUGGAUUUAUAGUAUAUUAUAGAGCAUCAGGAGAAUCAAGUAGAGUAAAUUCGGGUAGCAUGAGAAACAAUAAUAAUUAUAAGGCAAAUGAAAAUAAUAAUACGGAAGUAAAAAAAUUUAUGGCAUUCAAAGCAUUUAGAAGUAACUUGGUAGGUGAAGCAACUAAAUUUGAUGGAGGUGGUGGUAGUGAAGAAAAAAAUAAUGAACAAAAAGAACAAAAAAGUAGUCAACAAAUUGUUGAUGAAGUAGUUGAAGAAAUUGUUAAAGCUUGUUGGGAUAUUGGUAAUGCUGAAGAUGUUGGAUUUGUUGUUGAAAGACCUAUUAUAAGUUUGGAAGAAGCAAAUAAAAACACUGGAAUUAUGACUAAAGUUGGAUUUAAAGUUAAACAAGCAUUAUGGCUUUAAUAUAAAUAGGUAAAUUUUUAAUCAUUUUAUAAUUUGUUAUAAAGUAAUUAAAAAAACUAUUAAACAUCUCUUUUAUUUAAUUACAUAUAAGAUUUACAAAUGUAAUUAAAUAUUAUAAAAAAAUCAAUAAUUUUAAUAUUAUUUAUUUAAUUUUAAAGUAAAAUUA